GGCAGCAGCUCCGAGGCUCCGCGGCGCCAUUGGGCGAGCGAUGUGGGCGCCGGGCGGCCCCCCGGGGCCCGCGGGCUGGGAUCGCCGCCGGGUGGGCGCGCGGCUGCGCGCGGCGCUCGCGGGGCUGCACGAGCUGCAGGGGCUGCGCGCCACGCAGCAGGCGCGGGUGCGGGACGCCCUGGCCAUGCAGCCCUCGGCCCGGCCCGCGGCCCCCGGCGGCCCUCGCGGCCCCGAGCUGCGGCUGGAGGCGGCGCUGGCCGCGCUGCAGGAGCAGCUGUCCCAGCUGCGGAGGCAGGACACAGGCCUGAAGACACACCUGGAGCAGCUGGGCCAGCAGAUCAGCGAACUGCAGCUGGGCAUGUGCAGAUCAUCCAGCGAGGCUGUGGACAGUGACAGCAGGCCCAGCUCAGGUUUCUAUGAACUGAGCGACGGUGCGUCCUGCUCCCUGUCCACCUCCUGUGCCUCUGUGUGCAGUGACCAUGUGUCCCCUUCCCUGGGCAGUCUGUUGCCUGCUAUCCAGAUCUCCAAGGACAGGCCUGCCAUGGGGGACUGGCGGCCCCGGUCAGCAGAUGAGACCACGGUACCAGUGUGGAGACCCCAGCCCACGGAGGAAGUUAGCGGGCUGCCAGGCAGCACAGAGGAUGCUGUCCGGCUGCCCCGGGGCACAUUCCGUCCCCGACCAGUGUCCACAGGUGAUCUGGACCGUGUCUUGCAGGACUCCAACAAGGGCCACUGCCAGGGUGCAGAACUCCUGUGCCAGGUUCUGGACCCCAAGUACCAGCGGGACCUGGUGUCCAGGGGCGGCCGAGAGGUCUACCCCUACCCCAGUCCCCUGCACGCCGUGGCCCUGCAGAGUCCCCUGUUCGCCCUGACCAAGGAGGCCCUACCCCUGGCCCACCCCAUGCCCCCUGCCCAGCCUGUUCCCUGCACCCCCAAAACUGGGCAGGCCCCUGAGGUGGGCCCAGCGGGCGCCUACAUCCACAGGCUGCUCUAUCUACAUGGCCAGAGGGCAUCCCCCGGGGCCGGUGCCCGCAGCCAGGAGCCACCCAGGCUGGAUGCAUGCCCAUCCCCACAGAAGCUGGGCCAGGACCACAGGCCAAGCAGCAUGGCAGGAACCCCCAGCAGGGACGGCCCCAGGCGGCAGGGACUUGGGCCUUUUGGGGACGCCCAACACCCCUGCCAUCUCCCAAAGAAUGACCCUGGACCCAAGGAUGGAUGUGUGCCAGGGGAGAUGACUGGAGGCCCCCUUCCCAGCUCCCAGGCCCCACAGCCUCCCAGGGCCCUGGAUGGCCACCAAGGCCAAGGCUCAUCCCCAGCCAGGAGGCUCCAAGAGCUCCGGCCUCUGGCCUCCGGGCACUUAAUCCCCAAGCUGGGAGUGGAAGGCAGAGCCUCCCUGCAGGCCCUGACCACCAGCCACCCCAAGCCCAAGGCUGUGAAGGGCCGGAGGAGGGCCUGCGACAAGGGGCCGAGCUCCAGGAAGCUGCCGCUGCCCCCAGAGAGACUUUGCUCUGUCCCUGGGGCCUGCCAUCCAGCCGCGGCAUGCGACCCCUCCCGGGUGCUUCUGGGGGCAGGGCUCAGGGGGACGCCCACCCUGGCCGCGGAGGCGCGGGGCCGGUCUUGCUCCGAGUCCACCCUCUAUCCUGUGUCCUUCCUCGUGCCCCUGGUGGUAGCCCCGCGAGCCAGUUACCCAGCGCCAGCCCAGGGGCUGUUCCCCUUGGAAUCGCGGAAGAAGCCGCGCAGGUGGAGGUCCACGGCGGAGGUCUCAGGCUGGAGAGCAGCGGGCGUCGGGCUGAGGCUGGAGCCUGGAAAAGCGUGCGCGCAGGCUGUGUCCCAGCCGCCGGAGCGCCCGGCCCAGUGCGCCUCACUUCCCAGCUCCACAGUCGCCCACAGCAGCGAAGACGAUGCCAGCGCCCGCUCCGCCAGCUGCUUCGGGGACUCCGAGUCCAGCGGCAGCGACACCACCGAGGGCAGUGCACGCAGGAGCACCGGCCUGGACAGCACGCGGCCAGGGCAAGGAAUGCGGACCCCCGGGGGUGCCAGGCCAUCCCUACCUCCCGUGCCCCAUCUGUGCCGCGUCCGGGCGUCCCGCGCGCUGAAAAAGAAGAUCCGCAGGUUCCAGCCCGCGGCGCUGAAGGUCAUGACCAUGGUGUGAGACCUGGGGAUUCAGGACCAGCCCACUGCACGCGUGUCUGCCAUGGCGUCUCCCACGCCAUGCUCCCUGGCUGUCCAGUGCCGCCCGCAGUGCUGCCGCUGUUUGCC